AAUCCUAACUCACUAACUUUUUCUUUUCUCUCUCUCUUAAUUGUUAAUCAACAAGAAUCUAUUUGGUCACUUUUUCUCUCGACUGGUCAUCAUUUACUUGUGAUUAACUCUUUGGUUAAGAUUGAUCUUAUUGCGUUUUAAUUGUUCACUUUUCGUACUUUUCCCAAUCAGUUAAAACACUAUGAAGUUAAAUUUAAAUAAUUUUGUGAUUUUCCUAAUUUUUGGUUUAAUUGUUUUCUCAAUUACUGUUGAUUGUAACAAGAAAAGGAAUCGUUACCGAGGUAAAAGGCCAAAGGGAACUUGUGGUCUCUCCGAAUUGGACAAAUGUUUGGACCGAUUGGAAACUUAUCGUAAUAACACCGAUACAUUCAAACUAUUGAAAGAUUCAAAUGGUUUCAAUGAGAUUUGCAGUACUGUUCAGGAUACAAUUUCUUGCUUCAAACUGUAUGUUGAAAGAUGUGGAACACCAUUACAAUAUGAAUUCUUUGAUUUCGCUUUGGAAUAUUUCACCAAAUCAAUUGAUAAAUUCUGUAAACCUGGUGAACAAAGAGAGGAAUUCUUGAAACACUCACCAUGUCUCGUUUCAAAGGUUCUUGGAACUCAGGAAAUAAAAAAAAAAUGUAACGACCCUUAUUUGGCGACAAUUGAAAAAAUGGACAAGAAUAGUAGUCUCGAUGCUCGUUUGGAUUCUGUAUGUUGUUCACACAAUCGUUGGGAAGACUGUUUAUUAACGUCGAUUGAAAAAGAAUGUGGUAAACAGGGAAGAGAAUCAACAUUCAACUUCUUGGACAAGGCAUUCGCAGGUCUAAUCCGAAUGGUUUGUAAUCAUGAUGAAUUCGAUCACAAAAUGGAUAAAUGCAAAGCCGUUUUCGCUCCUGAAGGCGCUCAAGUUGAUUUACGAAAGAGUAAUCAUCCCGUGAUUAAAUAUCUAUCAUCUUAUUUUGUUUUCCUAUUCAACUAAAUCGAGUUAAUCACUUCAAUCAAUUUCAUCAUCUUUCCAAUAUUUACAUUUUUUUCUCUUUCUUCUCACUCAUCUUAAUCUCUCUCUCUCUCCCUCUUUCUCAACCCUUUUCACUUGUAUCUCGGCUAAUUGUUGAGUUUACAUAAAAUCAAAUGAUUUUGAUUGCUCACUCGACGCAGUUAAAUCAACAAUUGGAUUGGAUUUGAAUUUGGAUCAAGAAAAAGCUAAGAUGAUAUCAACAUGAUGUAAUCUCUUCAAUUGAAAAGUAUUAACAUGAAAACUUACAGUUAUUGCUUCAUAUUUGUAUUGUUGUUUAGCUGAAAAUACUAACCACUACACAAUCAACUUGAAACAAUCAAACGAAAUGAUUAAAUUGACAUAAUCAAGGGGUGGAAAUUAAAAAUUGUAAAAUAAAUAACAUUCAACUAGAUUGUAGAUAAUUAAAAAUAUUCAAAUGUAAACUCUGAAUAUGAGUAAACAAAAUCAACGUCUUUCGUCUGAUUGAAAGACAAUCAGUCUUUUCAUUGUCGGUAAAUUGUUGAUCAUCAAAAACAAUCAAAAACUCACAAACAAUAAAGAAAAAAUUAAAACCGUUGUAAA